UAGCUCUCGUAAAAAAAAUCUUAUUAUUGGUCUUGAGGAGCCAGCAUCUGUUGGUCAGUACCACAGCAUUUAGUAUAAUUAUUAAUAAACUCAAUAAUUUUUUAUUCCCUCUAAGAAUGACAUUUCAAAAUCGCUCAUCAGAUAUUCUUGGCGGUGCAAGAUAUAAUGGAAUAUCUCAUAAAGAUUCCAAACGAAUUCUUGAUUUAUCGCAAAAUGGAAAGUCACAUCCUGAUAUGGAACCCGGGCAUCCCCGUGGCCAUGCCUCGUAUCCGCAAGCUUCAGGGCCUAAAGAUUCGGUAGAAAAUUACUCAAAAAUUAGAAAUCGCCACAAUCAAAUUCAGAGAAAAACUGGUUUCUUAUCCCGAUCAGAUCAAGAUUUUGUGGCUCACUAUGUUUUGAAAAAUAAUGCAGCUCAGGAUGCUAUGGAGAUCCUGAAUCAUCACGGUAAACGUGCAUUAAAAGAAGUUGUUAAACUUCCAGCAACGAAAUUAUGGAUCGAUGAAAGGAAAUUACCAAAAGUUCAAUACUGGUAUAAAGGCGAAAAAUUCGGAAAUCCUGGAGAAAUGAGUGAAGUUGUAGUUGUCAUGAAACAUUUCUACGAAAAGUAUGAUGACGAUAAAGCCGAUGUAUUUGUAGUAACUUUAUAUCCAAGACUUUAA